AUGCCUAAUGGUGAAAUAGUGAACUUAACAGCAGAAAUGGCAGUAUGGUAUGUGAGAUGUACUCUUGAAGAAGUUAACCAAGCUUUGAAUAUUGAAACAAAAGAAGUGAAUAGGUCAGAUGUGGGGCAAAUUCAUGAUUUUUUCAAUGAGAUGAAUUCUGAAGAAAUCGAAUGUUUUAAAAUCAAACAAGCAAAGCUCUCAAUAGCCUCCUUACCUUGGUAUCCACCUGUAAAUGGUACUCCUUUUUUUAUGUUUAGUUAG